AACUCUGGGUCACACACUUGGUACAAGUUAUAAGGCCAUGGGCAAGACACACAUAAUUGAACGAAGUCCCAGGCAGAGUACUGGAAUGGUCAAUUUAGAUCCCUCAGAGGUCGGCAUAGGAGAUUCCAUAAGUUCCUAAGUUACCUAAUUUAGUUCUGGCAGGGGCUGGGGGAGGUGGUAGAGAAGAAAAGACUUUCCAAAGGAGGUAGUUCAUGAGCAGACUUUUGAAGAAUGAAUAGAAAUUAGUAAGGCAAAGAAUACUGAGGAGGAUGUAAGGGGGAAUAGGAUAACUUUGUCACAUGUGGAUUCCUUCAUCCUGUGGUGCGCUGAAUUGAGAAUAUAAUCAGGCUUUCCUAACAUCAGAGCUGGGAACAAGUCUUCUGGGAUUGCAUUCUUACCUAAUUUUAUACAUUAACAGGAAAGCAGUCUCAUCUGUGAUGCUGGGGUCACCCUACAACCAUACAACAGAAGCCCCUGUCACCUUCAUUCUGGUGGGUAUCCCAGGUCUGCAGUCUUCACAUAUCUGGCUGGCUAUCUCACUGAGCAUCAUGUAUACCACAGCCCUGUUAGCAAACACCCUCAUAGUGACUGUCAUCUGGAUGGAUUCCAUGCUACAGGAGCCCAUGUACUGCUUCCUGUGUGUUCUGGCUGCCGUGGACAUGGUUAUGGCCUCCUCGGUGGUGCCUAAGAUGGUGAGCAUCUUCUCCUCAGGAGACAACUCCAUCAGCUUUAAUGCUUGUUUCACUCAGAUGUAUUUUGUCCAUGCGGCAACAGCUGUGGAGACGCUGCUGCUGGCCAUGGCUUUUGACCGCUAUGUGGCCAUCUGUAAGCCCCUACACUAUAAGAGAAUUCUCACACCUCGAGUGAUGCUGGGAAUGAGUGUGACCAUCACCAUCAGAGCUAUUAUAUCAAUGACUCCACUGAGCUGGAUGGUGAGUCAUCUGCCUUUCUGUGGCUCCAACAUGGUUCUCCAUUCCUACUGUGAGCACAUCGCUGUGGCCAAGUUGGCUUGUGCUGACCCCAGGCCCAGUAGUCUCUACAGUCUGAUUGUUUCCUCCAUUAUUGUGGGUUCUGAUGUGGUGUUUAUUGCUGCCUCCUAUAUCCUGAUUCUCCAGGCAGUUUUUGAUCUCUCAAAGAAUGCUCAGUUGAAAGCAUUAAGCACAUGUGGCUCCCAUGUGGGGGUUAUGGCUCUGUACUACCUACCUGGGAUGGCAUCCAUCUAUGUGGCCUGGCUGGGGGAGGACAUAGUGCCUUUGAGCACCCAAGUGCUGUUAGCUGACUUGUAUCUGAUUAUUCCUUCAACCCUGAAUCCCAUCAUCUAUGGCCUGAAGACCAAGCAAAUACAGAAUCGAACAUGGAGCUUGCUGACGCACUGCCUCUUUAACCACUCCAACUUGGGUUCAUGA